AUGGCGGAGUCGAGCGACGAGGAGAUCGCAGUCGACCAGGCGCGCGUGAGCGAGGUUGGGCUCGACGAUGACGGGGAGGCCAUCAGGCGGUCCCGCAUUAGUUGCGCCAACGAGUCGCUGGGUCGCGUGGCUGAUCUGCUCUCGGCGACGCGGCCAGGGAUGCGGCUGUCCGUGCGCCCUGUUCGUGGAGACGGGCUGUGCUUUUUCCGCGCUGCGGCUGCCGAACUGGGACUUCCAGGCCGCGCGGCUUGGAAGCUGUACAGAUGGACGCUGGUGAAGAUGAUGAAGCAGCGGAACCAGCAAUUGUUCGCGGCGCUGCAGCUGGACGAGUACGCCGUGGAGAGGAGGGCCCGCCUGCAGAAGGAGUUGCCAGCGCAGGUGGCCAGUGGCGUCGCGUGGGGCAGUCUCCCCAACUGGAAGGUGUUCUACGUGGACAUAUGCAUGGGCCUCCAUUCGGAGGACGUGUCGGCAACGCGCCGAUAUGCAGACGCUGUUGUGAUCACGCACUUCCUGGAGGCUUGUGGCGCUCUCGCUCUGUACGUGCCAUUCAACGCGUGGAGCCAGGCGGCCAUCUUCCCGGACCAGGGGUUGCUGCAGGGACGUGCGCAAAUCCCAGUGCUCGAUUUUGCUUUUGUCCACUAUGACGUCGACGGGUAUUCACACUACGAUGCGGUGGACGUGGCGACGUCAGGAGCUAACGCUCCGCGACCGUGGGAGCCGUCGACCGCGUGCCGGGGGAAGUACAGCGACCCGUCGUGUUUCGCUGACGUGGAUGCGCUAUUCGGCGAGGAGGACGUGGCGGCUUUCUGUCAUCAGGCGUCCGGGCGCUUGCAGUUCACUGAGAGGGAGUGCGGCGGGCGCGAGUUCCGGCAGCCACGCGCGCCCGCAGCCGCGGAGGCCCCCGAGUCUGACUCCGUCGCCGACCGGGAGUCAUCGCCCUCAGAGCCGGCGUCGGACUCCAAUUCCGAGCUGUCGGAGGCCCCUGCCGGGACAGAGCAGUCCGACGUUGACCACUUGGCCUGCGGCGCCGACGUGGCGCACACGACGCUGGACGUCGCCCACGAAGCAGCUCGGGCUUUCUCUGCAUUUCUCCGGCAGGACCCGACGCUUCCUCCGCCGUUCGACCCGUCGGACGCCGCAGACAACAUCCCGGAGGUAAUGGACGGAUUGCAGUGGCCGAUCUGCAACUGCGCCGUUCGGCAGUGCCGCUGGACCGGGGAGACGGAAGGGGAUUUGCGGCGCCACGUAAUCAGCUGCCACCAGGCCUGCCUCCCAGCAGCGUGGAGGCAGGGGUGGAACAAGAGACUCGCUGACAGCGCCGACGAUGUCGGCGUCCAUGCCGAGGUGCUGGAGGAGCAGGAAGCGUGGAUCUGGUCCAUCUACUGCCAGGCGGUGGAGGUCCGGGCGCGCACUGGCAUGCCAGCUCUCGGCAUUUGCAGAGACCGGCGGGCAAUUCGCACCAUGAGGCAAGUGGCGAACGAUGCUUGUUUGUCGUCGCUGGUGUGCUUCUGCUGCGGUCAGAUCUACACGAGUGUCGAGGGCCCCGAGUCCGCUGGAGUCAGUGAGAUUGGAUGGACGCCACUGCGCGGGCUCUUGCGCAGUUGUCCGCGUGAGCUCCUGGAGUACGCCUUCGGCUUGGACGCGUUCCUGGCGCACUUCCCGCACCCUGCUCCGGACCACCGCGGGACGCGGUCGCACCACUAUCCGACGCAGACAACCGCGUCUUCGCCGUGGGUGCGAACGGUGCGGUGGAAUGGUCCGAACGGAAGCCAGAACUCCAUGCGCUUCCUGUGCUGCCCGGAAGACGUGGUGUGCGACCGUCAGCAUGGAGUUGUUGAUGAGCUGUGCGAGUCGUGCCGCAUACCUCUGUGCUGGCAGUGCCGCGGCAUUUUCGCGAAGACGCGAACGGUGCGGGAGCGAAUCCCGCGUCCCGCCAUCGCCAACGACAACUUUGUCGGGUUCGUGUCGGCAUGGUGGGAGAAGCACAAGCCCCGGUGGAUCGAGAUGGCCGCGGCCACGCCAGUGUGGACGAGUUUGAUGGCGUUCUACGUCGAGGGCGAUAAGGGCCACCUCAUGAACAAUCAGGCCAUGCAUCCGCACAGUCGGUACGCUGUCCGCGGUAAUCUGGCCAGCUUCCUGGUGCAUUGGGACGACGUCCUGGAGCGCCUGCUCGCCAUCACGGAGAGUUCCAGUGCUGCUGCGGCGCUGCCCCACGACGGCGAGACGCUGGCCCACUUGGUUCGCUUCGAGUUCCGGAUGAAAGACAAGGACAUGUCGAAGCACCUGAAGCACAUGCGCCUCCGCGCUCAUGUGGUGCUGCAGCUCGGCUGGGAGCUCAUCGACCGCGGCCACCCCGCUUUUUGUAGAGAUGCUGGCAAUCCCAUCGCAAUCGCCGCUGCCAAGGAGGCGUUUGAAAGGCGCGUGAAGCAGUGCUACCCGUGGCUCGGCACCCCCCAGGACACCGACGGGAAGGUCCCGCCAGCCGUGGACCGGGCGACGGUGGUGGCGGAUCCGUCCAGGAGCAGUGUGCAGGAUAACAAGCACGCGACUCCGGCGCUGGCCAGCACUGACGUCGCCUCUGUUUUCGACGAUGCCAGACCGACCGCCUGCGCGCCCACAGAUGCGACGUCCCGGCAAGGGACCGCGGGUCAGCGCCAACAGCGAGCCAUGGACGGCGGGCCAGUCGUCCCGUACGUCGCCGACGCGGCCAUGUUGGAGCAGUGGAACGGGAAGUACCCCGCGAUCGCUUUCCCGCACACGCUGCUGUGGCAGAGCGGGGGGCCAGACUUCACGAGGUCUUGGCGCAACGGUGCCGAUGCCGCACAUCGGCGCCGCGCGGUGGGGCGGCCCGAGGAAGUGCAAAACCGGCCGUCCAUCAGCAUGGGGAUGUGGCUUGCAGGCGUGAGUCGCCGAGUGGAACACCAGAUCCGAUCGGACUGGCUCUUCAUCCCAGGCAUGCGCAAUGUCCACUUCCGCUUUUUGGGCAUCACCGCGAGGUUGGGGAGCAGAGUCAGGAAGUACAAGGACGAAGACGGAUCCGCUUUCACGGAGCGCCUGACCACGGCUGUCCGCGGGUUGCACGACCUGUUGGCGAAGGGGUACUACGGGCCGAACAGGCGGCCAAUUGCUGGCAACUUGACGGUGCUGCACAUGGCGCAUGGCCUGGACACAACCCAGAAACAGAUCGUGCACAACAUGCGCUCUGUGACGAGCAGCCUUGCAGGCACCCAGGAGCUGCGUCGCAGGAUGGGCCACGUAUUCCAGUCUGGCGCGAUUGGAUACGGGCACGGGCUUUUCAUCACCAUCUCGCCAAAUGAGAAGCAGUCCUGCUUGGUGAUGCGUCUACACAGAGCACGCCAGGGCGACCCGCUGCUGCGCGCGGGGUGCACAGACGACGCACGGAAUGCCAUGAGGAAACGAUUGGCGUCACGGGAGUGGCCGUCAUUGUCGGAGAGCGCCGACGCGGAGCUCCCCGAUUUCGAUUUGCGUCUGUGCGAAGUGGCCAAUGAUCCUCUCUCGGUCGUUCAGGGCUUCCGCGUCGCCGUGAACGUGAUCUUGGGCCGCCUCCUGGGUCUGCGGUUGUGCGCCGAGUGCGGCGUCGCGCGAAGAUAUCGUAGGCAGCCCCGGUGCUGUUGCUGCACGGACAAGUUCGGCUCCAACUCGCGCCCCAUGGGCGGGAUUUUCGGGGUUGCUGCAGCUUUGCUUGGCGCCGUCGAGAACCAGCACCUAGGCACGCUCCACUUCCACGGGUUCGUGUACCUCGCGAACAUGUUCCAGCACGCACCCUUGACUGAGAUCGCGAGGACAAUUCGGGAGUCCCCUGGCUUGGCGGACGCGGUUAAGGAGUGGCACGCGUGGGUCCACAGGGAAGAGCACUGGGCCCCCGAGGAGCACCGGGAGAGCCUACCGUCGCUGGAGUCUGAGUGGCGGCAGAAUCACCGCGCAUCGGAGCACGUAGGUCUGUGUCGGUGGCCCGCGUAUGUGGACCAUGCCGAGCCGAAGACGAAGUGGGACGAGGGGUGCGAUGCCGUUGCCUGCGACGCCGACGCGGCCACCUUCAAGCAGGCUUACGAGGCAGAUGCGCAGAUGAUCUUCUCGAAGGUCCAGCAUCACCACCAUCCCAACGGGAAGCCGCUCACACACUGCAUCAAGAAAGGCUGCAAACACGGCGACAAGUGCAAGCACGGCUUCCCGAAGACCAUGCUCAUGGCGGCCCCAGAUGGACCGAGAUUCCGCGUUGUGUGCCCUCAGGUGGCCAGGGAAGUCGGGCUUAAAGUGAACGGGCCGAGGAAUGCGUUGGGCGAGAUCGCGGGGCCUCGGAACGACGAUUUCCUGAGCGGGACUUGUCCAGCAUUGGCGGUGGCAUUUCGGAGCAACACGCACACGGCGCCGAACAACCGGCUCCCGCUGAUCACAGGCAUUACUCACGACCCGAACUGCCUGUGUCGACACGGCUCCAGAGAAGACACAGAAGAAGGGCACCUUCGACGCAUCGCAUUCGCGGUGCAGCGGUCCAUGUCGAACUCCUCGCGGUACAUCGGCGGGUACAUUUCCAAGGUGCAGCGCGUCGGGAAGAAGGCGCGGGAACUGGCGAAGACCUGCCUGUCCACGCUGGCCGAGCGACUCCAUGGGAAGUCCGAGAUGCAGCAGACGCUCUACACUGUGCACCGCUGCAUCGGGGACUGGGAGGCCAAGGGCGUGGCGCGGACGAUCUUCGAGGAGGUGAACUUGGCGCACUUCGCGGACAGGCCGAACCCGCUCGCAGCGGAGUGCAUCACGUCGUGCCCUGUCGCCGACUUCUACGCGGGCUGCUUCCUCCAGAUCGUGGCCGACGAGACUCGGGCGGGGCGCGCGACGGCGCGGCGCCAGAAGAGGUCCGUGGUGUUCACGGACGCAGGCGAGGUGGCCACUCCGCCGGACGCGACGGCGCGAGCGUACGCCUACCGACCCAAUCAUGCCGAGUUGAAGACUUUGAGCCCGUACGAGUUCGUCCGCUUGUUCGAGGUGGUACCAACGUACCCGCCACCAAGAGAUGCUUCGAAGCCAUCGACGGGCCCGACGGAGUGGAAGGCGAAUUCGCCGCCAGCCGCGGCUGAUGGGCCUCCACGGCCUGGGGUCCAUUAUGUCGUGAAGCCACCCGCGGAGGGAUGCAGGUACUUUGCGCUCGAAGAAGACCCAGACGACAUGGAGUUCGCGCACAUGUACGUGAUUGUACCCCGGGGCGUCCCCGCGCUACCCGUCUUCAUCGGGUCCGUCAUGCCUCAGCCCGACAUGACGCCUGAGCGCCGCAGCGCCAUUUUGUCUGCGUACUUCCGACCAUGGACAUUGGUGUGCAAGUACGGAUCUUCUCGGGGGCCUGUUCCGCUCGCGAAGAAUCUGAACUUGCCGCCCAAGCGCCAGCGCUGUGGGAGGAGCGCGCCGAGCUUCCGAGUAGCCCUCAAGCACUACCUUCGCGGCCACAUCGUCUCGCCUUCCAACCGCUUCCUGUGGGCGAACGUGCUCCGCACCAUGACGACGAUGCCGGAGAACGCCGACGAGGGCGAGGACGACCAGGACUCGAAGCCGGUGGAGGCGCUACCCGAGAACGCGUUUCCGGUCCUCAGCCCCAGCAGCAUCAUGGCAGAGUUACGGCGAGUAGACCGAGACGCCGGGGCAGAUGCCGCUGGCGAGGACAUUGGGAACCUCUCCCAUUCGGUGCACAGAGCGCUGGAGCAGAGCAUGUCCUUCUGGGACCCGCCGAACAGGGCGCCCACGUUGAACUUGCCACUGCGACAGUCUGCUCUUCGGCAUUCCAGUGCAAUGCCAGCGGGGGCUCGCGGGAAUGCCCAGGCGCCACCGCGGAAGAUUGCGCGCUCCAAGAUGCGGGAGAAGCUGUACCCUGGCGACGCUGACCUGACAAGCAACAUCCAGAGCUGGCGGAGAGGACUGCAGACGCACCAGAUCACCCCCGACCCGCAGCAGAUGAGCAUCCUGGACGCCGUCGCCGACAGGUGCGUCCAGGAGGCCCGCGAGCAGGACCAGCUGCGCGGAUCGCCAUGCUCCCGGCUGUUCGUUCUCGGCCUGCCGGGUUCAGGGAAAUCGGAGGUCAUCCGGUGGCUGUGCGAGGAGGGCGUGGGGCUGUUCCCCACGUGCAUGGGAUGGGAACACGAGGUGCACUUCAUCAAGACCGCCCCCAUGAAUUCCAUGGCGAGCAACAUCGGUGGGCGAACCAUCCACAACUUCAGCAAGCUCGGAAUCGACCUCAUCACGGGAGUCCAGUCCGGCGGGAAGAAGGACCCGGAGUUGUCGGAGAACAUGCUGCACACGAAAAUCCAGCACAUGCGCUGGCUCAUCAUCGACGAGGUGGAGACCGUUUCGGUGGAGUUGCUGGACGCCGUGCACAGGCAGGUGAAGGACUCGACGAGGGACAAGGGAAACCCCUGGGCCGUGGACGCACGCGUUCCAAAACAGUUCGCCAGGUUCGGAGGGCUCAACCUGGUGCUGCUCGGGGACUUAUGGCAGAUACCGCCCGUCAGGAGUCUCAGUAUUGCCGCCAACCCAUUUGUCAAGAGACCCGCCAACGUCGGCCGCAUACUGGAGAUGUUCUGGACAGAGGGCUUGCCGCACUCGGUGACUAACCGCUACGCCCUGGCCCAGUCGCACCGCUGCUCAGACGUGUGGUGGAGAAGCUUUCUCGCCGAAGCGCGCGCUGGGAAUCUGUCGGACAGGAUGUACGAUUUCGUCCACGGCUUCCCCACUGAUGUGCCCGGCUCCUGGAUGCCCGCAAGCCCCGGCAGCGCCGAGGCCUCGACGGGGCACUUCGGCUGCGGGAAGGCGAAGUGCCGCGCGCUCUGGUCAGUUGAGUGGCCACGGAUGUUCGGAGAAGGUCGGGCCUGGGAGGACAUGAAAUCCCUGGAGUGCGCUGAGUGCAGCGCGGAACGCCAUCGGCGCUGCCGCGUCGCCUCUCAGAGCGAUGCCAGACAGCGGGAGGUGAGCACGGCGUUCGCGGACGCGCUGUUCGUGCACCCGAACAACGCCCCGAAGAGCAGGAUUCUGACGCUGCGAGCGGCGAAUGCGGCAGCCAAUGCAGGGAAGCAGCUCCUCUGGGUGGUGGCGCGCGAUGUCCCCCUCACUCGGGACGACGCAUGCAGGUCGACGGAGUCGCUCUCCCACGCCAGGCAGAACUGGCUCAUGUACCCCGAGAACAAGACUGGCGGAGUUCCGGGUGUGCUGCCGAUCUUCGAGGGGAUGCGGGCGCGGUUCACCACCACGGAGAAUGCGGAGGCGGGAGCCUGCAAGCACUCCUGGGGUACCGUGUCCGAGCCGGAGCUGGUCCUGCAGCACGUGCCCGAGGCGAUCAUGGUGCAAAUUCCCGGGAACACGGCGCCCCGCUUUGGGAAUCAGCCCGCGGGCGUCUUCCCCGUGAAGCAGAGGGAGGUGUCCUGGGAUCGCAGUCCCGGCUUCAAGGCCAUGGUGAAGCGCGCGGGGUUCCCGCUGGUCCCGCACUUCGCCGCCACGGCCCACUGCGUCACCGGCGCCACGCUGCCGCAGGCCAUUAUCGACCUCCUGGACGCGCGCACGACGCCCCGCGCAGCCAUGGUCCCCACGGGCUACGUGGCCAUCAGCCGCACCAGGAGGGCUGACGAUCUGAUCAUCACGCAGCCUUUUUCGCCCAUGCUUUUCCGCCAGGGGCAUCAGACGGGCCCAUGGCUCUUGCACUCCCUGACAGCCGGGGAGAUGACGACGGAGCAGGCGGAAGCCGGCUGGGCCAAGGCAGAGAAGAGAGCGGGCAACUUCCCAGGCAGCGGCAUGAGAACGAGCGACCCCGUAGAGCACGCCGUGGCGUUGCUGUGCCAGGGCGCGUGGAGGAGGUGCGCCCUGUGCGCGCAGAAGCGGACCUCUGCUGCGGGCGCGCCCGCCGCGGCUGCAGAGCCAUUCGCCGCGAAAGGCAGAGACGUGCUCGUCUGCAAUCGCUGCAAGGAGACUAAAUCGUUAAAGAACUUCAGACGCAGCGAGGUCAAUGACUUGACGGGAAGAGGGGCGCUGGACCUUGCCGUUUGCGUCGCUUGCACCCCUGAGAGGCAGCAUUUCAACAUUAUGUCGGAGGGCCGCCUUUUUAAGUGCCGCAUCUGCUCGCAGGAGAAGGCAGCGGAUCAGUUUGAUGCAGCCUUUUUUAAGAUGCACAAGAGCGUCAAAGACGCCGCGUGCACAGAAUGUCUCGACGAAAAAGGGAAGCCCCUCUGUCAGGGAGGCUGCGGAGCAAGGCCUCCAGACCGCUUGACGUACAGCACCGGUUUUUGGUGCGAGUCUUGCAAAUUCCCGCCGUGCGCGAGAUGUGGCACGACUCCGCGGCCGAAGACGGCCAAGUACAGAGUGUGGAACAUGAAAGAGUGGACCUGCGCUCAGUGCCGGGAUCCGCGCGGGGGGCUGAAAUGCGCCCAGUGCUCGGCAGUGUUUAUGCGAGCAGCCGUGAAGAGUUCCCAGCGCGACAAAGUGCUCGAGUUCAUCACGGGCGGGGACCUGUACCGCCACCUGAAGAAGAAGGGACCUUUCUCCGAGCCGGACGCGGCGCACGUCUUCGCCCAGAUCGCGGAGGGGCUCAAGCACCUGCACGACAACGGCCGUUCUUUCGGCUGGCGGUGCGCCAGGCCGAGGCCGCGUACGACAUCAAGGCGACGCACCCGCUGUUCGUCUACUUCGUGGCGGACCCGGACGCGGAGAUGGCGACCUUCGCGGAGCAGGGCACCAAGUGGUUUCUCCUCGGCAUGCUGGUGCACUUCGGCUGGCAGUGCCUGGCGGUGGGCCUGGCAGCGCGCGGCUUCGCCAAGCUCGGGCACUUCUGAGGCGGCUCCGAAGAUCGAUCCCCUUGUCGGUGAUACCGCACAAGCUCGGGCAAUUGUUGUUCCAGGCGCGGCCCCAGAAGCGGGGUGCUCCGCGUGCUCGCUCUCUGUUGUGGAUUUUCUGAAGAGUCGCCAAUCGCGCGCUCUUCCGCCCACGCGUCCCGCAGGAUGCACGGCUUAGUGGUGGCGGCCCCAGAAGCCGUGACCCUUCCGACCCUUCCCCGGACAGCUCCG